CUGGGGGGUGUCUGGGUUGCCUGGGGGGUGCCCAGGGUGCAUGUGGCUGCUGGGAGUGCCCCCUGAGCCCUGCCCCGUGCUGCAGGCGGGGGUCCCGGCGGGGGUCCCAGAGGGGGACCCGACAGAUGCCACGACGGGGGACGGGCGCGUGCGGGCACUGCAGAGGGAGGUGCAGGGGGUCACCACCAUCAUGACCCAGAACGUGGAGCGGAUCCUGGCACGGGGGGAGAACCUGGAGCAGCUGCACAGCAAGAGCCAGGACCUGGAGGCCACCUCGGAGCACUUCCGCACCACGUCCCAGAAGAUGGCCCGGCGCUACUGGUGGAAGAACGUGAAGCUGCUCGUCAUCCUCAGCCUCGUGGGCGCCAUUGUCCUCAUCCUCAUCAUCCUCCUGGCCACUGGCACCAUCCCCACCUAGAGCCACCGUCCCAUGGGGACACGGCCACCCUGGAGCUGAAUACACACGGGGGGACGAGACAGA